AUGAGGGAAAGGCAGCUGCAGGAAAACAGCAGUAUAUUGAACUGUUCCUUCUUUCUUUGGCCUUUAACCACUACCCAUCUCUCUCUUUCCUUUGCUGCCUUCUAUGAUGCUUGGAUAUGCAGAGCGGCAAGGGCUUUUGGAGAAUAUCUUUCACAAAACCAUCCCGAAGGUAGAAACGGCUCAGAUCACCUGUUAGCAGACUCCUACAUCGGACAGGAGGACUCCCCUGAGAUGCAGCAGGCGGCACAGAACAAGCGCAGGCUCUCCGUCAUCUCAGACGGCAAGUUUGAGAGGAGCUUCUCCGAGGAGCAGGCAGAGAAGAUGCCAAGCGAGGGACCGAAGCCACGAGUCUACACUAUCUCUGGCGAGAGGCCGAUGCUGUCGGACCAUGAGAAUGAAAGUAUGGAACUGGUGGUGAUGAAGGGGGCUGCCCAAGAGGAAUGCCACCACGGCCACCAAGUGCACAGUGCUGGCGGCUCUCAUGGCAUUAGCAGGCAUUGCAAGGGCUGGCCAGGCAGCCGGCAGGGCUCCAAGGAGUGCCCAAACUGCACGCGGCUGGCUGCCCCUUCCCAGCACUCCUUUGACCUGGAGCAGCAUCAAUCCAGUGAGACUGGGUGGCACAGAAAAAGGCUGGAGAGGAUGUAUAGUGUCGAUCGAGUGUCUGAUGAUGUCCCCAUACGAACCUGGUUCCCAAAAGAGAACCUCUUCAGUUUUCAAACUGCUACUACAACUAUGCAAGCGAAUUUUCGGAAGCACCUCCGCAUGGUGGGGAGCCGAAGGGUUAAAGCACAAACAUUUGCCGAACGGCGUGAGAGGAGCUUCAGCAGGUCCUGGAGUGACCCGACUCCCAUCAAAGCUGAUUCCUUCCAUGACUCUCGAGAAAGCCAUGACCUUCAGGAUUCCUGUGGCACUUUGGAUGGUGACUUCGACUUGAACUGGGAAGCAGAAAAGGAACUUGAAGCCAUGGCAUGUGAUGGAGAAGACUUUAUUCCACCAAAAAUAAUGCUCAUUUCUUCCAAGGUGCCCAAAGCAGAGUAUGUCCCGACAAUUAUCCGCAGGGACGAUCCCUCUAUCAUCCCCAUUCUCUAUGACCAUGAACAUGCCACCUUUGAUGACAUCCUAGAGGAAAUAGAGAAGAAGCUUAACAUUUAUCGGAAAGGCUGCAAAAUCUGGAAGAUGCUGAUAUUUUGCCAGGGAGGUCCUGGUCACUUAUACUUGUUAAAGAACAAAGUUGCCACUUUUGCAAAAGUGGAGAAGGAGGAAGAUAUGAUCCUCUUCUGGAAGAGGUUGAGCCGGCUGAUGAGUAAAGUCAAUCCUGAACCAAAUAUCAUUCACAUCAUGGGCUGCUAUGUUCUUGGAAACCCCAAUGGGGAGAAGCUAUUUCAGAAUCUGAAAAACUUAAUGAAUCCUUAUAGGGUUGCCUUUGAGUCUCCACUUGAACUAUCAGCUCAAGGUAAGCAAAUGAUUGAGACUUACUUUGACUUCCGCCUUUACCGCCUCUGGAAGACCCGCCAGCACUCUAAACUAUUGGAUUACGAUGACAUUUUAUGAGCUGGAGAAGACUUUGCAAGAGGAAGUUGAUCACCGGUGUCCAAGAAGUCAUGCUUAUUGCAGAGAGACUUUUUUAUUGGCACAGGGAGCCCUUCAAAGCCCUAUAGGAGGCAGCAGUGCUAAAGGGAGGGAAGAAGGAGCCCUCGGAAGUGUGCCAGGAGCAAAGUCUCCUGGGUCAAGAGAGACUGGAGGGAAAGGGUUUGACACCUCACUCGCCUCAGGUCAGAGCCGUGGUGUCUCAGGAGGAGCUGUGUGAAACGAGGACAGGAUGGAGUUCCUUGCAGAACUGAGCUGUUUUGGGUCAGAAUGGGCCAGAUUUGAUUCCAGGUCCUUUUAAAGACUUUUGAAGCUCAGGUUUUCUUACAAAAAAUAAAAUCAAUUACCCAUGCACUACGAUGAAGAAGUGACCAGAGCACAGAGGAAGGAGGGGUUUGUACUGAUGGGACCUUCUGUGCUGGGGAUCUUGGAGAGCAAGGACGGCUACACCUACUCCUGCAAGCUUAGAUCAAGACGAUCCAGUUUCAAUGUGAAUAUAUACUGGA